GACGUCAGUGCCAGCUGUGUGCGGAGCUCGAGCGGCGGAGCAACGGCAGCGGCGGCGGCGCGAGGCCCAGCCCAGCCCAGCCCGGCUCCACACCCACACCCGCCCUCACCUCGCCUCACCUCCUCCCGGCCCGGCAUGGACACCCUCAGCUCCGGAGACCGUCCGCACACCCCCGCGUCACAGAAUUGGUGAAGAAUUUUAAUCUUGCAAAAUACAAAUCCAUGGAGUGCGUGUGUGUACAGUCAGCUACCACAGCGGUGGAGACUUUAGAAACACUGACUUUAUAAGAUUGCAAGUAUCUUGGGAAGUGGAGGUGUCUGCUAGCUAAUGGAAGGAAAAACACAGAACAAACCUACCUCUGUUUCGAGAUUGCCCAAGUUUGGUGGUGGAACCUCUAAAUUAAGUGAGACUCUUCCUCAGCCUGUAUCAAAUGGAGGAUGUAUUCGCAAUGUCAGUGCUUCCAGUGGUUCAAAACUUGACUCCAAGCAGAACGGAACUGCUCGUAUGGGUGCAUUUGCUUUCAACUGGAAGAAGUCUGGUAAAACUAAAGGUAGUGGACAAGGCGCAAAAGAUCCAGCUGCACCAUUGUCUUGCACUGUUACUAAUGAAGAGUAUGUUAAAGUUGAGAGAAACUUUUAUUCUAAAGUUCCUUUUGUUAAAGAUCACACAGACUUGGGCUUUAAGAGUAAAUCUACUGCAGUAACCAGCCAUCAAAAGCAGCAUCAAGUUGUACCUUGCGUAAAAGAAAAUAAAUUGCCUGUCACUAGCUUAAAUCAUUCUUCAAGAGGAAACCAUGGGAAAGUAUUGGGAAAGCCAUUCGCAUCUCACAUCUCAAGGUCACAGUCAUUUGGUCAUUUUCGUAAAACAGCAGCCGGAAAGGUGACUGAACAAGAAGAGACUUUCUCAGCAUCAAGCAGUUCAAAAGGGAGUCUUGACCAAUCCACAGAAAGCUUGAAGAACUUAACUGAAGAGAACAUUGUUAGGUCCCAGAGCUUUUCGUAUUCCACACGAAGUAACUCCUGUGGCUCGGAUGUAAUACCACGAUCUUUGUCUUUUUCAAAGGCUGCAGAUGUUUCUAGACCUUGUCUGAAACAGCAAAUGAGGACGAGUCUUCCUUUGAGAUCAAAUAUUUAUCGCUAUGGCAGUCCAAGGGGUACCGAUAGCUCGGGCACAGGAGAAUCAGUUAGUAAAGGUGCUUUUAGUAGACCAAGCUUACAAACACCAUCAUCUGUCUUGAAAAAGUCUCAGCUUCCUACUUGCCCCACAUCUUCAUUUUACAUCACUGCUUCUGCUCCCAAGAUGACACAAUCUUCAGUAAUUAAAUGUGGGAGGUUGACCACUUCAGGAACAACAUGCACUGUAAAUCCAUUAUCUGAUACCAUCGAGGAAACUUGUGGAAUUCCAACAAUUGAGGAAAGUGGUCCAAAUACUGUAAAUGUAGAUAUUGAAUGCGUUGCUGAUAAUUUGUUAGAAAAUAAUGCCAUAGGUGAGAAGACUAAACAUGAAGACAGUGAAGAACUUCAAUCAUUUUCUGCAAAUGAUAUUGAUGAUUCAGAGGUAGUCAUCUCAUCAAUUUACUCCAACUGUGAUAUAAUUAAUAGCGAACAGUUACCUAAUUCAGGUACUGAAUCCUUCGAAAUUGUGGACAGCGACAAUUCUCUUUCCACAGAAAUUGCUGAUGAUCUUUACAUUCCUAAUGAGGCUAUGUCAUCAGAAGGAAUUGAGGAAACAUUAAUUUCAGCAUAUGCAGACGCAGAAUGGCUGGAUACUGGAUUGCCUGACCAGUGCAAAGAUUUGGAGACUUCGCAGACCAAUGCCUCAGGUAAUGACUUUGUGUGUCCAGAUGCCAACUACGCACUGGGCUCCUCCUUUGAACUUUCUCCUUCCAGUAGUUCAGCUGGAACGUACAUGUGGGAUGAAGAGGGCAUGGAGGGACUUGGUACAGUCCAGCAGUGUGGCAGCCUCGAGUCUUCAGAGAUGAACAGCCUGGAUAUUCUGAAUAACCUGGAGUCGGGUGAUCUGGAUGAAGAUGACCUCAUGUUAGACGUUGAUCUGCCUGAGGAUGCCCCUUGCAAAAUGGAAGCAUGUGAAAGUAUGGCUCACCUAGAGAGGUCAGAGAGGGGAAACAGGAACCAAGGAUUCUGGCGGAAGAGAUACCCACGUUGGAGUGGACAGGAUCGCCAUGGGAACACUGAAUUGCAAAGGAGCCCCGUUUCCCAGGAGCUUCCAGUGGACCAUUUUGAUUGGCAUGCAGCUUCAAGUUACUAUCACCCUCCCACUAAUCACAUGAGAUCCUCUCGGCCUGUGGCAGAGAGCACCGUGAUGCUGGAUGUCCUGACACUGAGGCACAUGGUACAUGACUGCACAGCUGUUAAGACCCAGAUACUUAAACUGAAGAGGUUGCUGCAACAGAAUGGUGAUGGUUCCUCUGUAAAUGACUUCAUAGCUAUAGGCUCACCAACGCAAGAACAAGCUGAGACUAUAAACACAACAGAUAAGACUGAUGAGCUACUUGGAGAGAUCCAGAUUUUGCAAGAGGAAAUGAAAAGAAAAGAUCAGAUGAUUGAAUAUUUACAACAACAACUGAGCACCAGAUGUCAUUGCCGGAAAGAAAAUUCAGCCACAAAAGGACCAGCGUGUUCUAAUGCCGAUAAGACCACCCAAACAGUCACUAAAGGAAUAUCCCCUCCAGUACUACAGCCUUCCAGCUACACAUGCAGCACCAAAGAUCGCAGCAUGGGAAAAUUAGCAAAACCAGUCCAUACCGAGGACCCCAGUAGGAAUCAGAAGAAUGGAUCUAAUGAGAACUGCCCUCAAACUAACCAAGAAGGAAAAAAUGUUGUUUGCUCACAGUUGGAUUCUGAUAAAGGCUUCACUCUGUCGACCCAACAGAAGAAUGAAGACUCUAAUGACAGAUCUGCCCAGAAACCCCCAGUCUCUAACAAGACCAAGCAGAGUCCAGCUGCGCUGCCUAGGGAACAUGGGCAUAGUCAGGUUUCAGUCCAGCCGGUCAGUUUGCCCGGCUGCUCAUUAUUUACAGAAGAAGCCUUGAAUAAAGACUAUCGUCCCAGGUUUGCUUUCAAACAGCCUUCCAAGGAUUUGAAUAUUAAAUCCAAAAUCCAGAAGUCUCCUUUGGUCUCUAAGCCUAGAAAAAAUGUGCAUGCAAUCUCUCAAGCAGCACUUAGCCCUGUAGACAGUUCAGUUCAACCAUCUAUAAAUAAUCAAAAGGAAUCAGAACAACACCUCCAAUUAUCAAUACCCACAAAUAUUUCUACACAAAAAGAUGAACAACAAAAAAGAAAAUCCAAACUAUCACCUUCCCUAUCAUCACCACUUCUGAGCAUUAAGACUUCAGCAUUUUCAGCCAGUCCUGGGUCUCUUCACAAGGAGAUCCAACAGGUUGAGUCCACCAAAUACCAAGACGAACCAUCAUUUCAGAUCCUACCAUCAGACAAGCAACAGAAGAAGCACAGAGAAGAUUGUUCUGCAAAAGAUCAGGGUGAUGAAUCCCAGGCAGACAAACUUGCAUCAUCUGUUCGGCAUUCUCGCCUUCCUAAACCAAAGACACAUGCAUCCACUCCCACAAGUUGCAAUUUUCAGGGCUAACUGAAGCCUGGUGUUAAACACUCAUAGUACAAGUCUGCCUGCCUGAUGAGAUUUCACCAAGUCUGGAUAUGGCAACUGUUAACUUGGCCCAAUUAACUUCCCCCAUUCUAAAUGACAGCUCCUGCUGACCAUACUGAUGCAAUGGCAAAGACCGGCAUUCACAGACUCUUGAGACACUAUAUUUGCAGUGUGUGGCCUUUUGCUUUUGGAGAAUCCAGAACAUCAAACAUUUUGGUCAGAUUUUGCCAGGGUGGGACAGGACAAGAAAACUAAUUGUGGAACAGUUUUUGAAUCUGUAAUGACUUGGACAUGAAUCACUAAGUUGUAAACCUUGACAGAGGCAUGAAGAGCAGGAUUUAUUUUAAGCAAAAACUGUAUUAGUACUUUGUUGUCUUUUAUUUCAGCUAAUCUGAUUAAACAUGUUAUGAUUGGAAAGACGAUAAGAGAAGGCAACUUACCAGGAAAGUGGUAAUUUUAAUCUUAGCUGACCCAUCGGAGUUGAAUAUUUUUGUUUGUUUAAACUAUUAGAUUAAAAAUAUAUUUAAGUUAAAAUUCUGGAGGUUUAGAUUCUAAUAUAAGUAAUAAAAAAAAUACAGCAUUAAAUUGCCUGGAAUGGGAAUCAUACUUACAAGAUCUUUACUAGAAAGAAUGGGCGUCAAGUCUAAUGUUUCAAAUAUUUCAGAAGAUAUUUCUGUCAGCUUGCCUAAUCCUCUAAAGGCAACCAGAAGAGAGUACCAAUCUUUUCAAUUCAACUGGCGCUGGGCAACAUUCAAUGUUAAGGCCAUUUGGUGGAAAGGGAUGUUGUGUUCCUUUCCAUGCAUCACUCAUGCACAUUUUACAGUGUAUUUGAUUAUGUACAAUUGCCCCACCAACAGAUAGAUGGCUAAAUGCCAAAUAUUUCAAAUAACUGUGCCAUGAAUCACAGUCAUGACCUUUCAUCUCAGAUUCAUGGGCUAUUCUUCUUCCUUUGUGGGUUUAACUGAUCUUCAUUGCAUCUUUUAGGUAGUCUUACAAACUAGACCCCAGUAGGCAUAAACCCACAGAACAGAUCUCUCCAGUAAUUUGACAUCCUCCCUUGGAGAGGCUACAUAGACAGAUGGUGUGGGAAUUUCACAAUUCCUUAAUGCUUUUUUGAGGUCACCGAUAUACUGGGCAAACAACAUCGGAUUUUGGGCUGUAUUCCUGUGCCUUGGCAUGAAUCACCCUGGGCACAACCUGCAUCUCUGAUGUAGUCCUAUUGCGUUGGUAGGGAAGUGCUUAAUUCCAACUGUCAAACAAUACAACAGUGAUUUUAGCAAGAGCUGAGAUUGUCGUCAACUGUUGAGUGUAAAAUGCCAAAUUUAAGUUGAUGCUAUGACUGCCCCCUGAGAUGGCAACUGGUCAUCACUUUUCAAUAACUUUAUCAUUCCCGUUUGCGUGCAUGCAAUUACUACAGCUGGCAUACACUUGGAAUGUUUAUAUAACCCUCACUGCCAGAAAUAAGAUGAAACCUGUGACCUCAGCCUUAAACAGUUAAAUACAUUUACCAGUGCAGGAUAGAAAGGCAGAAUCUGGAGUUACCUUUAGGCUAGAUUUUACAUAUUGUUCAGGGGCUGUCACAGAGAAUUCCACGUAAAAUUAUUCCAAGUAGCUGUCCAUCUGAAUGUACAAGUCCAUCACGUACUUCAGGUUCAGUGGUGAGAUGAGGUGGAGGAGAGUUGAGUGAGAUUUCUCUUAGCUUUUAUUGUCAAAUCCUUGUGAAAAUUUGGUCCAUGCAAAUGGAGGGAAGCUACCCCUAUUAUUGUAACAUGGUCACUAUCUUUUGCUCCCUCUGGUUAGACACUGACAAAUUGGAGGCAGGAAAUCUCGACCAACCUCCCCCAUCCCAAUAUGUCGGUUCCUGAGUCUGACUCAUUGAAGCAAUACUUGACUUUGAAUUUAAACAAACUCUUUCCUGUCCCACCCCACAUUUUGUCAUGCAUAAAUAUUUUGCUGGUUUGGACCACGUUUUGAUAUGUUUAAAAUAAUUUUGCACAACGAGGCAAAGGAAGCCAUUUGGCCCGUCGUCCAUGCAAUGCUAUCAUUACUAUUCGCCCACUUAUUUCCCCGUAAUCUUUUCUCUCUCUAAUGUCCACCAACCCGUAUACAGAGUCAUUUACAGUAGCCACUUCACCUACCCACACAUUUUUGAAAUGUAAGUUGAAACCAGACCAUUGGAAGAACCCAUGUGAAGCAGAGAGAAUGUACAAACUCGGCAUAGCCAGCACAUUGUUCAUUUUUGUUUAUAACAGUAUUCCAAAGUACAAAUAUCUGAAUUUAAAGUCAGAUAUUUUUAUUCCUGGAAGUAGCCCAUUCAGCCUGUAUCAGCAUGAGCUUCUGCAUUUUUCAGCAUUUAUUAUAGAAUCCCUGGAUUCUCCUCCAAUCUUAGUGCUUAUCUAAAUGUAUGAAGCAAAUGUAAAAUGAAACUGGGAGGUACAGCAAUAGAGAUCUUGUUAAAAUGUCAUCAUUUAUCACAUGGAACUGCACCGAUGUUCUCGGUGUGUGUAAACAACAGUGGUCAAUGCACAAUGCUGUCAAAUUGCUACAUUCCCAAGUUAAUAUUAACAUGACUCAAUGUCUUAUAACAUUUGACACAGGGAGUUGAGAGGAGAUUUACUUAGUUAGGGAUGCAUUGUCAGAAACCUGGUCCUCAUUUACUUCAUAUGGAUCAUAUUGUUUCAUAUUCAGUUCAUAACAUUGUAUUUCCAUACAAAUUCCAAUAUCCAUAUUUGUAGCGGGAACUGCCUGUGUAAACCUAUCACACUAUAAUCACUCCUCCUGUUUCUUGUAGUAUUGCAGUAACCUCAGAUAUUUAAUACAUCAUAAAUGCAAGUUCGUUCAUAACAUAUAUACAUAAUCAUUACGGGUGUUCGUGAAUUGUUCAAUUGCAUUUUGCCCAGGUCCUUGUGGAUUUAUAAGUUGCUAAUUAUAAUCAAUUCUGUAUCAAGCGGGCUGCUGUGUCUAAGUGCAAUAUUUGCAGUUGUAAUGAUGAAAUGAGGUUCAGACAGUUCACUUAAUGUAUAUGCAAAGUUAAUUAUUGACUAAAUCUGUGGAGCUACAUAAUAGAUUAAAUUAAUGAGCAGUUGCACUUUAAAUGAUCUAUGUGUCGGAGAGUUGUGCCUAUGCUGAGUACGCGGCACCAAGUCAGAAGUAGGAUUUAACAGUUUGCUGCAAUCGUUCUUGUUGCUUUAGGUGGUAAGUGCUGUUUGCAUUGCACAGUAAUAUAGUGCCUCACUGUUAUAAUAAAAACUCCCAGCUGGUGGCUCCUGUUCUAGUCAGGAAUCUGGCAAUAUUUAGUUUGUCAACUGUGUUGCACAUUUUGACAUGUUCAGUCUUCCCUGGAAUGGAAACUGAAAUCCAGGUCUAAUCUUGGGCUGGGGACAUGAAUAAAAAGGUUGUUACUCAUG